AUGCCGCCCCCUAUCGAUCCGGAAACCAUUUACACCAAACAAACUUGCAUCGGUGGUGGAAGUUUCGGUAAGGUGUUCAAAGGUCUAGAUAGACGUACUGGAGAAUCAGUGGCUAUCAAAAUCAUUGACGUGGAGAAUGCCGAGGAUGAUGUCGACGAUAUCAUCAAGGAGAUUGCCAUCUUGUCCGAGCUGAAGUCGCCCUAUGUCACCAAGUACCAUGGCUCAUACUUGAAGGGGUCCAACCUGUGGAUUAUCAUGGAGUUCUGUGCUGGUGGUAGUUGCCACGGUCUCUUGCGGCCCGGUGUAAUCCACGAGGAGUACAUUGCUAUCAUUCUGAGGGAGCUCUUGCGCGGGCUGGAUUAUCUCCACAGUGACCAGAAACUGCACCGAGAUAUCAAAGCUGCCAAUGUUCUUCUCAGCGCGAGUGGCCAAGUUAAAUUAGCGGAUUUUGGCGUGUCUGGACAGCUGUCGGCAACAAUGACCAAGAAAAAUACCUUUGUAGGCACUCCAUUCUGGAUGGCUCCCGAAGUUAUCAAGCAAUCCGGAUACGAUUACAAGGCCGAUAUUUGGUCCUUGGGUAUCACGGCAAUUGAACUGGCCUGUGGUGAUCCUCCAUACGCCGACAUUCACCCGAUGAAAGUGCUGUUUCUGAUCCCCAAGAACCCUCCCCCCACAUUGGUAGGCGAUUUUAGCAAGCCUUUCAAGCAAUUUGUUGAACUGUGCUUGCGCCGAGACCCUAAGGAACGUCCAUCAGCCAAGGAACUUCUUGAGCAUCCGUUUGUGAAGCGUGCCAAAAGAACAACAUACCUGACAGAACUUAUUGAGCGCGCAGAGCGUUGGCAAAUAACUCAUCGGGGCCAAGACGACGACGACGAAUAUGAUGAAUAUGACGAUAGAGAAGCCGAUCAAACAGCAAAGGACAGAACGCAAGAAAAAGAAGACCUUUGGGAUUUCGGCACUGUCCGUCCUGUGGGAAAGGGACAUGCAUCCCCAUUGCGCCCUAUGGCUAAAGGCUCUGACACCAAUGCACGAACAAAUGAAACAGAGGAGUGGGAUCUGUGUGAUGCGACACCCCGACAAGCUGGAACUUUCCAAACACAGUCACACACUCAAGUGGCCCCAACAAACCCUGCUCUGAAUAUUUCUCCCACAAAAACCCCUCUUCCUCCAUCUGCACCAUCUUCCCCCCUCAAGCAACGCCCCUCCCAGACCGCACUUCCUCCACGCAAAGUCGUGUCUUCAGUGUCUUCAGUGGCUGUCAGACCCGCAGUGGACAGCCCUCCCACCAGGGGAUCGAACGAACAAUACACACAGGCAGCAACUCACUAUGCUAGCAAACCUGAUAUUGCUUCUCCAGCCAAUCCUAGUUCCGCGGUCAGUACCCAGGGCACUCCUACCAAGCGACUCUCCAGUAUUCCCCUCCACGAGCAAUACCGCACCCCAUCCGGUCAAAUUGCGCAGAAGUCAACUCCACUUUCUCGCACCGUUGCUGAUUCUCUGGGACAACAGCCACAGUCUCCACGCAUUUCCCAGGCUGCUCCUCUAGGACACCAGCCCCAGUCUCCACGUAUUCCUCAAGCUGCUCUUCCUCUGGGAAAUCAGCCUCAGUCUCCGCGUACCUCUCAAUCCGCUAUUCCAAGACAGACAGAGCCAUUGCAGCACGCAAAGCCAGCUUCAGGACUCAAGUCAAAGCGCGCACCAGCGAACAUGGAUGACCGUAGUAUCCCCCACCGCCCCACACCUCCCACUCCCACUUCCAGUGAGCCCAAGCGUUCUACCCGACCUCUCCCUGAGGCUGAGCGGGCAACUGCCUGUGGGACUGUGAUUCUCCCGGCCCUCCGUGCAGCCAUGGACCGCCGCCGCAACCAUCUCGCCCGCCUCGAACCUGGACGUAACCCUAACGAACCCCCAGCUACCCCAGAAGAAGAGAAGGACUUUGACCGCAGUGUCCGCAUCCAUCAUGGUUUGGAGAAGGUUGCCGAAGAUAUCGCUCGAGCUUUCAGUAACCUCCACCACUGGGACAUGGAGAGACCCGUUGACAUGGGCGGUGGUGUUGAUGCUGUUCUCGACGCCUUCCUCGAGGAGGUCCUCGUCCGGCUGCAGCCCAGUACUGAUGCGCAAUGA